AGCAGGCAGCGGCCAUCUUGGCGGCGGCGGCGGCCGGCCCGGCGGCGAUGAGCGGCUCGAAGCCCAGGGUGGCGCCGGCUCCGGCGGGGAGAGGGGCCCUCAGCCGUCUCCGAGGGCCCAGGGGCUCCGGGGACGCCUCCGCAGCCCUCCUGCCCCGCACCGAGGCCGAACUGCUGGCGCUGGAGCCCGUCCGGCCCGAACACGUCCUCGGCCUCAGCCGCGUCACCCAAAACUAUCUGUGCCGACCUGAAGACAAUAUCUAUAACAUCGACUUCACCAAGUUCAAGAUCCGGGAUCUAGAAACAGGGACUGUGCUUUUUGAAAUUGCCAAACCUUCAUCUUCAGAACAAGAGGAUGAUGGCAAUGAUCCUGGGGAGAUAGACACCAGUGCGGGCCGUUUUGUUCGCUAUCAGUUCACACCAGCUUUCCUGCGCCUCCGAACCGUUGGUGCAACAGUGGAGUUCACUGUGGGGGACAAGCCUGUGUCAAACUUCCGCAUGAUUGAAAGGCAUUAUUUCCGAGACCGCCUUCUAAAGAACUUUGACUUCGAUUUUGGCUUCUGUAUCCCCAGCAGCCGAAAUACCUGUGAGCACAUCUAUGAGUUUCCCCAGCUUUCAGAGGAUCUCAUCCGUCUGAUGGUUGAGAACCCCUACGAGACCCGCUCAGACAGCUUCUACUUUGUGGACAACAAGCUGAUCAUGCACAAUAAGGCUGACUACGCCUACAAUGGGGGCCAGUAGCAUCCGUUGAAUGGGGCGCCGUCGCUAGUUACCCUGAGCGUGCCAGAGAAGAGCCGAAAAGCCAUUCCCUCCUCCCAGUCUACUUCCGGAACAUUCUGCCAAGCUCACGGAACAACGCUGAUGGGGCUGAGGGGGCAACGUCUGCAAGAGUAAAGGAGAUCUCCUUGCACUGCUGUCCUUUCCGGCCUUGUUUUUUCCUUGGCCUCUGCUUGGCUUUUUUUGAUCUCCUGGUAAGGUGACAAGUCCAGUUGUCUGUGAAAUGCUAACUGGUGUAGCAAUUCUUGUAGCUUAGCCAUCUUAGCCAGACUUUCUUGUGUGCUCUGUCCCCACCCUUGUGCUCCUCUUUUCUCCUUAAGACCAGGAGCACAGAUCCACAGCAGGAAGCUGUUGCCUCUUCAGAGGAGCCAGGGAAAUGUAGAUCGCAGUCCCCCAACAAGAGAGACAACACAGGGCUGGCCUGUUUCUUUUGCCACGUCCGAUGGAUGACUGUCCUUGUCUGACAACAAGCCUUUUAGAAAUGCAAUACUGGAGGACCUCAAAAUGAGGGGAUGCUCCAGCUUGCCAUAGAACUGGACUGUUUCUUCUGCUUGUAGAGUCGUAGAUGUUCCAUAAAUAUUGUUGGUAAUGAUUUCUGGAGUUGCCGAAGGAAAGGACCAACCACAUGACAGUUUUCUUCUGGCACGUGCUGGAAACCCAAAGCUCAGACUGGUGGCAUACUGGAAGAAAUGGUGGUUGUAGCCAGCCAGUGCAACUUAAGCUGGCGCUUCAGCUCAAGCGACUGCCAAACCGCUCUUUUGAGAUUUCUGCUACUCAGCUCUGAGAAGAAAGGGAACCUGUUGAUACUGGGAUUUUUGCUUUCCCCAUUUUAUUGGCUUUGAUUAAAUAGAUGAGACAAGAA